AUGACCGCAGGUGAUGUGAAGCCGUCGCAGGCUCAGGAGAAGCAAGGGACGCCGCCUCCGCCUCCCUACUCGCCUGUAACGCCGGGUAGGUCGCAGCCCUCCAGAACAACUCCCGCCGCCUCGGAGUCGACAAUAGCUGCAUCCCCGCUACCGCCAGCCGCAUACCCAGCAAUCAGCGGCACCUUUGGCUCUAUUCCCAGCGUCAUCGACCGUGGAAGAUCGGUUCCGAACAAGAAUGGGGCCGUACCGGCUCUACCACCGCCACAAUUCAUUAGGGAACCAGCUCCAGUACCCAUCUCCGAAAGCGAGAAUCCAGACGCCAUCGCUCUUCGAUCUGCCAUUACCAUUCUUCAGAUACAGAAACAACAGGCGCUACGAGAUAUUCAGGCACUAGACAAGCUGAAACAGUCUGCAGCUGAAGAUCCCCAUGCCUUUGCCAGCGAGUUCUUAGCUGGCUCCCUCCAGUCGGAGGAGGGCGACCUAUUCCACCCCUCCCCACGACAGGAAAAGGAUCAAGAAGAAGGGAUAGAAUGUGAUCCAGAGGCAAUGGAGAUCGACCAGGUGAAACCAAUACAUGAUAAUACUACUGGUGGGAACCCGUCAAAACGGCUCGGCAAAAUACCCAAACCGCAGAACAUCGUGCGAAUGCCUGCUAUCAACUGGGCAAAAUAUCAUAUAGUUGGUGAACCGCUGGACAAGAUGCACGAAGAGCAGAGACUGAGGCCUACGCCUGGUGAGCCACGUCACGAUACCCCGUUAUCGACAUCCACGUCAAGAAGCCCAGAACACACUUUGGCCGCUCCAUAUCGGCCUUUUGUGGACAAAAUCGAACCUCAUAUCAAGGCUAGAAACACCGGCAAGUGA